ACUUGUUGAAAUCUCCCCUUGAAAUCAGAAGAUUUCCUACGGUUGUCGAAGUAGUUUGGCAUUGCUCCCACAACAAAGAAUUGUUAAUAUCAAUAUUUUAAAGAGACGAUACCCACGAUAGCAUGUAGGAGCAUACAUGAAGUGAAAAUUGAAGGAAGUCUCCGAAGGCACAAUGAAGAAAACCUAUAUCCCUCGUGGCAAUGAGUGGGUUUCUACAAGCCAAAUUGAUAAUCUGUGGGAAUUUAUGAAAGCAGUAAGUAAUUAUACAGUGGACCAAAAUGGACUACUAUGAGCGUUCAUUUGUUAGUAUUUGAUUUGUUUAUUGUUGCAUUUAUCAUUCACAGACCUGCCAAACCCUGAUAAAGGAAAAUCAAGAGACCUAUGAAAAAAAAAAAAAAUUGGAGAUUCUACAAAAAGUAGCGAGAUUCUACUUUUCCCCAGAUCAAGAUUAAACGAAAUAAUUUUCCAUUAGGGGAAUUAGCUGUUACCAGCUUGCUUUAUUUUUGGGCCCUCUUUUAAUACCUUUGAUGAUUGUAUCUAUGAGGACAGGGAUGAGGGCAGCACUUGGACGAAACUUACAGCAAUUAAGUGGUCGUUUCUUCUGGAUAAGCUAACGUCUCGGCCAAAAUGUUAGACUGGUUCCAUCGGGGUUAAACAGGCACUAGCAUUUCAAGAAAUUUCUUUUUUUUUUUCAGCAAGAUAGCAUUUCAAUUCAGAAUUAUAUUCCCCAAAAACCGUGAGUUUGUCUUGUGCUGAGGCCGUGAGAAAGGUAAAAAAUCUCGAGACUAACGGCAGAAUUGUGAGGGUUGGCAGGUCUGCAUUUAUUAGGAGUAGCCCCCAAGCUUUGGCUUUCUAGCCGAAGAAAACAGAAGAUGUUUCGCAAGGCCACUAUUGGUUUCCCCACAAAAUGACAAGGAAACCAGGCCAUGGCAAGGUAGCAAAAUAUUGUCUUUUGGUAAGAUUUCCAUACAGCCCGCACCUGGCUCUUUUCUCAGGCUACAAAGUUUUUAAAAAGUUAGCGAGACUUAAGAUAUUUUUUCAUUUAUUACUAACAUAUAUUCAAAUGAUUUUUUGCCAGGUGGACUGGACUGAACAUUGGUUAAUCGGACUGAUAACUUUUCAUGCCCUAACUUUCUUGUGUAUAUUAACAACCAGAAAAUGGUUACAUUUUCAAGUUAUUCUGUUCUUGUGUUUAUGUGAGUAUUAACUUAAGAACUAAGGAGUACAGAUUUCAAAGUUGUAAAACGAAAAGCAGGGAAUACAAGUUAACAUAAUUAUAUAGGAAACCUGAAUCCAUUUUAAGGAAGCUAACAUUAAACUUCCUCUAGCUUUCUCAUUACAUGAAGUUUAGGGACCCCCUAAGUAGAUUUGACACUCAUCGGCUGGCUAGGCUUGGAACAUCCAUGAAACCAAGAUGGCCGCCCGUAACGCAAAGUGCUCUAUCUCAAUGAUCUUAGAGAAAAACUGGGGACUGUGAGCAGUCUAGGCUUGAAAUAAUGAGAAAACAUUCAUAACUGAAGUGAAUGGAAUAGUCAGAGCGUUGACUUGGGGGUUUCUCAGAGUCACUAAAAAACACUAGGCCAUACACUAGACAAAAUUGAAUAUGCAUUUUAUUCAAUUUUUAAUUUGUAAUGAAUUUUGUCUAUUGUAGUGGGCCUGGCAUUAACAUCAGAGCAGUUAAAUACCCUUGCUGCAAAACAUUGGAGGUUUGUUAAUCUUAUUGUUUUAAGUUACUGCCUCAAUUCUAAUGUUAUUAAAGGGGUGAAAUAAAGCUUUAAGUGACCUCUGAUAAACUAGUUACACCAAAGGAGAAUAAAAAAUAAAAUCAAGGUUCAUGUUGGGAUUUAUCUAAUGCACCCCUUCAAUUGGAUUAUCCGAACGUAAGGUGCUUCCUUUUCAUGGUAUUUUAGCUUUCUGCCAUAAUUCUGCAGCAUUUAAAGUCGUAUUUGAAAUGACCUUAAAUUACCAGAGGUGCUGCACUGCUAAUAAAGCCAGAAAAAGAAGAAAAUAAAAAUAAAAAUACCAUUUUUUAAUGAUUCCAAACAAUUUUUCUUAGUUUAUUUUGUGUAAACUGUGGUGUCAACUUGCUGAUUGUUUAAUUAAUUGCAGGAUGUUUUCCCAGGAGCAGUAUUUUGACUCACAUGGGCUUUUUAUUUCUGUGGUAUAUUCAGGGCCGUUACUUUUCAACUGCUUUCUAAUGACUGUAAGUUUAUUUAUCCAUUUUGUAAUGCAAAGCAGUUUAACCAUAAAAGCAAUAAUCAGUCUAGUUUCUAAUCUCACUCAGUGUCUCUUUCAACACUCAACAACUGCUUGCCCUUCUUGUUGAUGUUACUGCUCGAAAGUAGAUUCCAAUUUUUAACUGAGCCAGAAUAGCUAUUGACUAGCUAGCUAUAGGCUGAGCAAUAAUUAUUGCAGGAUUCUAGUGGUCUGUUUCUUGAAAGCUCAACAUCUUUUGGGCCAAAAGCUAAAUAUUGAAAUCAAAUUCUAAAGAAUAAAAGUGAGGGGUCCUGCUUGACAAACCAGUCUAUUUGUUAACCAAUAGAUUUAUUGGGGAGUAAGUUCGGGGCAGUGGUGGGAGCAGUCACCUCCCAACAAUGUGGCCUGGGUUCGAAUCCUGGGGUCGGCACCAUAUGUGGGUUGAGUUUGUUGAUGGUUCUCUCCUGUUCUUCAAGAGGUCUUUCUCUGGGUACUCUGGUUUUCCACUCUCCUCAAAAACCAACACUUUCAACUUCCAAUUCGUUCUGGAAUGCACAGAUACAUUUCAGUGAGUCCUUAAGAAUUCGUAAGUUUUCUGUGGGUAAGCAAAUUACAAUUUUUUUUUUCAUAUUUUCUGCUAAACUAUUAAAACCGUUAUUGAAACUUUAAUCUUAAAUGUAAAUAAAACAGCUUUCAUGGCCCAGUAAUUACCAGGACUUUUGAAAAAUGGACCCCAGUGUGCGUGAAGCAUUCUACAAAUUUGUUGAUUCCAAAUUGAUAAGUUAAUAUUAUUGCCUUCGUUGUUUUUUCUUAUUGAUAUGUGCCUGGUUUUAGGCCAUUUCCUACUUCCAGAAACCCUGACUUUGACAGUGAGGCUAAGUGGUAAACCUUGCUUGUAAAAAUAAACUUCACUUCCAUGAGAGUAAAAAGUCAUUUUCAAAUCUAAAGCUUAAUUUGCAUUUACCCUGAUAUUAAAACAGAGGCUUGUGGUAACUCAGAAAUGGACUUUUGACAUGUUUAGUCAAAUAUGGACUCAGUAAUUUUGCGUUAUGAUAUCAUUUAAAGGUGUUAUGUUAUCAAAUUAGUACAAGACAUAUUUAAGUUUUUAAAACUGUAGGUUCUGUGGCUUUGGACAGCUGGAAAAAUGCUGAUAGUAGUUAAGAGAGGUCAGCUAAAAGAACAGAGAAAAAAGGAAGCUGAGGAGAAAAAAGUCAAGUAAACGAGGUAUCACCAGCGUUUAUUAGAAUAACCUUUAGCAUUAAUAAAUGGUGACCUAAUAUCUACAGCUUAUUAGACUGAUACAAAACAUUAAAAGUCGCCCUUUAGCGUCAUGCAUUUUUAUUAUUUUAAACACAAAUCGUUAUCCAGAUUUUCAGCAGCAUUAACACGUUUCAAUGCUGGAAAGUACAUUUUCGUGGACCAAGAUUUAACAGUUAUUUUUUAAAGUAGCCGACAAAUUAGAGGUGUGUUUUGGGUGUGAGCAAGCUCCCAGUAAAAAAAAAGGGCAUGAUAUAAGAAAUCUGGGCAGCCAGACCUUAACCUAUCCCACAGUUCAGGCAAACAAAUAAAAAAUCCAUCGUAGUUACGUAAGCUUUCAACUUUUAUCCUAGCUUUAAACAGGAACUUGAAAUGUGGCAUUGAAAAUGUUUAACUUAUUCUAUUUCUUUCAGGUUCCUACAUUCAAAGAAAAGGCCAUCACUAUUACGUACAGACUCUUUAAAGUUCGUCAAGAGGAGAUUUAAAGGUGUCAAGUAAAUGUGGUCUUUCUUAAGGAAAAGCAACAAGUUUACAAGUUGGCACCCGCGUUUUAACUAAUCUCAGCUUGGAGAACGAAGAAACAAGAAAAGCCAUUACCUUGUACGUUGCAUUCCAUUACCACAAUUUUCUUCUUCUAGUCGCAUUUCUAGCUACAAGCUAACUAGAGGAACAUGACGCUAAUAAAAAAGAAAAAAUAUUAGAGUAUAUCUUUUGUCAACUUGUAUGCAUGAGGUUAUUUUCAAAUAUUUUCAAAUCUGAGUCAAGUUAUCUUUAGAAUCUUCCUUCUUGUAGACACAGGUCCUUUUAACUGGGUUGAAAUUACUGAAUAACGCACUUGAACAAUUGAUCGCAGACCUUCUUAUCUAAUAUCAUCAUAGGCUGAAUAUGAGAAUACGGGAUUUUUUUUCUCUAUUUUUUUGGGAUGUAUAAUCAUUCAGUCUCUCUAAAACAACAAGCUAUUUGUAGAGUUCUUCGUUCCCUUUAUUAUUUAUAGUCAUACCAGAAAUAUGUACAUAAAAAUAAAGUUGCCGUC